CGAGGAUCAGCUGGAGGAAGCAAUAACAGAGGGAAAAUCUGCAGGGGAAAAAUCGAACAAGAGGGAAAAACUACAGAUGUUAUGAUCUGAACAUCAAGUGUAAAUUCUAGUUUUACACGAAGUCCCUUCUUCUAAGAAGAAAGCCUUUUUUUUUAUUUUAUAUUAUGGUGUUUUAACUACCUCACUUAAAAGGCUACCUAAAGCUAUGCUUUAAGAACUGUUGUCGUUUCUACUUUGUGUGAGAUCAUCACGUUUACAACUUGAAUUAUAUUGCUAAUGCAGGCCUUUGCAGCGAUACCAAGUAAAACCUUACAUUUGCACUACGGAAGCCUGUCAAGUCCUGUAAGAACAUCAACCUACGAGAUAAAGACAAAAAAAGAGCUUGAAGGAAAGAGAGGCCAAGAAAACCGUGCUCACUUUCCUGACCUGGCAACUGUUUGACAAAGCAAAAAGCUAAAUACGAAUUCAAAAAUACUUAAUAAGUAGCAAAAACAUACACAUUACAAAGGCAGCUAGCUUUUCCUUGAGAACUGCAACUACACACAGCACCUGACUUCCGCGACCCCUGAUCCUUGACGUUUUACCCAUUGACGUGUACCCGACCAACCGGCCCAGCCAUGUUCCAAGCUCUGAGCAGCCUGUUCUUCGGGGAGGUGGAGGAGGUGGCCGCCGAGAUCAAUGGGCCAAAUCCCUGUGUGACCGACGCUGACGAGGAGGGAUGGAUGCUGGUCAACCUGCCCGGGGAAGCUGAUUGUGCGAUGCUAGUAGAGGGAGGGAUCAAGGUGCCAUCGAUAGCACAGGCGCUUGCACAAAACAACCAAUCAAAUUACCCAGACACACCCACCAGAACUGAGUGCCCCGUCCCCUCUCCGAACCCUUCCCCCCAACAUCAGAAUCGCCGCAGAACACACAAAGCUUGUUCACGAGCGGCGACAGUGGCGCCAUCAGACCCCCUCUCCACUCUCCCUUCUGCUAGCCUGUUAGCCGCGGGCAUAGCUACGCCCAUAUCCCUAAAAAGGCGGGCCAGGCUCUCCACCCCAUCUGUGUCCCCUGGCAGUAGUGGGUCGGAGAGAGGCUGCAUGGACGAGAGCUGGUUCGUUACCCCUCCCCCCUGUUUCACUGCAGAGGGAGCCACGGCGGAGACCAGCCCCAUGGAGGACCUGCUCAUAGAACACCCCAGCAUGUCCGUCUACGUCUCCCCUAGCAACCUGUCCAUGAUCUCCAACGGCAACCUGUCCAUCGUCGGGGAGGAGAGCAUCACCAGCCUGACAGGCAGCAUGAGCAGGGUGGCAGAACCAGCCGCUGCCCCUGCCGUCCACAAUACAAUGCCCACCAGGGUGACCCGAGGAGCGGCUGCCCAGGCUGGUACCCUGGCCAAGGUCACCCAGGUGGCCAGGGUUCAGAGGGGCAAGGCCCGCACUGAGAGGCGCCACCUUGGACGCAACCGCAUCCAGCGCCAGAACCGCACUAGGGAGCAGGUUCCCCGCCAUGCAGCCCACGCUAGAAACGCCUACUUGCACCAGCCCUGCCAGCGCAACAUCUGCCACUGAGCCUCCACACCCACAGGGGGAGCCAUUUACUCUGAGGGCAUUAGUGGUUAUACUCCCCCUUACAUACACACAGGUAGAUUUAUAUGGACACACACAUAUACACAAAUAUGUAAAUACACAUGUACACACAGCACAUAGACACUCAUUCUCUCUCUCUCUCUCUUUCACUAACUCACUCUCUCUCUCACACAGACACACAGACACACAGACACACACUCAUUCAUUUACAUAGGCUACUGUGCCCUGUUAGGCCCCAAACCCCAACCAAGCCCUCUAAUAAUUUAAUAAGUAUUAUGUUGUUAGCUGUCACACAUAAUAAUUAUUGAAAAAAAACAUGCAAAAAAAAGAUAACUUAGCAACUACUAUGUGUGUAAAACUACAAAAACUUCCAUCCACUCUCUCCAUUUCAGUUGAAAUACUCCUCUCCUCUAUCUCUUCCCAGUGGAAGUACACCUAUUUACUGCCAUGGAACACAUGGCCCUCUCCCCUUUGCAGCCGUCCUAUUGCUUUUAACCAGGUUGGGGGACAGACAUGCUAAGGAGGAGAAAUGAAAGAUGCUCACUCUCUUUCUGCGGGGACAAGCUUUUAUAGGGAAUCUUUAUUAGAUCGUAC